AUGUCCUGGUGAUAGGCUACUUUCACAUCCAGGCCUAUCUUACCCUUCACCGCAUUAAGAACCCAGUCCCUGGGGUUUGAUUUUUACUUGACACUGAUAUACAAGUCUUCCUCACCCCAUUAACCUGUGUUCAUUUCAAGUCCCAAUCUCCAUAACUUCUCAACUCGAAGCCUUUAUCAUUAUCUCUUACCUCGGUGGCCUUCUCUACAGAGCCUUAUCCGGAGCAUCCAACUCGCCUAGGUACUCACUACAACGAUGCCUGUCACCGAGUUUCAAGAACGCGUGUACACAUAUCUCCUCUCCAUCCCACCCGGCCGCGUAACCACAUACGCACACAUCGCCAAAACCCUAUCGACAUCCCCCCGUGCCGUCGGCGGCGCUUUACGCAAUAACCCCUACGCCCCCGACGUGCCGUGCCACCGCGUGAUCGCGAGUGAUGGGUACAUCGGCGGUUUCAAAGGUGAAUGGACGAAAGCACCCUCGGGCGUGAAUCAGAGCAUGAAACUCCGCCUCUUGCGCGAUGAGGGCGUCGAGUUUGACGGCGAAGGACGGCUUCUCACUACUGCCUGCAGCGUGCCGCGGAAAGGCGGAGUGGUGACGACGGUGUGGUUCGACGGGCCAUGGGAUCUGUUGGGUUCACAGGUCAAGUUGAAGAUCAUCAUGGAAGAGGAGGUGUUGAAAUGAACAUGAUGUCAAGUAAUAAUCAUUCACGAAAGAGCACAAGGGGCGGCUCCAAAGAUUGCCGUGCAUGAGCUGAAAGGGCUCAUAUGACAGGCGAAUCUCCGUCCAGCACCGCCAGCACGCUAUCGAACCGGUCGGGGAGAGGGGCCAGAACACCCUGAUGGCACUGCGCGGAAGGACAGCUCUGUUUCGAGCCGGAAUAAUCCAAGUAUGUUUCGAGAGAGAGAUGGUGGCCACGGGUCUCGAGAACCUCACCGCCUAGAUCGGUACAAGUCAUACCAUGCGGAUGAACAGGUCAGAAGGAUCGCAUAAAAACGUGCGACUCGCGCCGGAAAUGCAUUCCGGUGACCAUCACAGGACACCACAAACAUGGCAAAGCUGCCAGUCGUGUGCUUGGGGCCUUCAUAAUAAAGGAAGUAG